AUGAAAUAUCCGUCGCUGGAGGUGGCUUUUCCACCAGUGAACUUUAAUAAACAAGAAAUAUAUGAUCUUGACUUCAAUUCAGCGGGAGAUCAGGUGAAAUUCUACCCUUCUUUACUUCAAAAAACGUUCAUGCAUAACCAUUAUUUACUGAACCGUGGUAAACCAUAUUUCCAGAUUGCAGUUUCUUCUACCAAAGUGCUACAGAUACUAUCCACAAAGGAUGGUAAAUGUAUUUAUUCAUUAGAGCGACCAAUUUCUCAAAAAACUACUGAAUGCCAAUUUAGAGCGUGCCGAUUUGGUAAAGGAAUGUCGGACGGAUUCAUUUUUUCCGUAGUCAAUUCGUCUAAUAAAACAAAAGCAUUCAUAGUUAAAUUGAGUGCUAACACAUGGGAAAGAAAUGUAACGAAGGUUGUCUCGAGAAAACCAAUUACUACAUUCGCGAUAAGCGAAGACGGCAAUCUACUCGCAUUCGGAGCCUCAGAUAAUAGUUUGGGAAUAUGUGAUACUCGAACUUUAAGGGUCCUUCUUACCAUACCUAACAUACAUAGCUUUCCGAUAACAUCUUUGGGUUUUAACCAUGAUUCAACUAUAGUCGUAAGCGGAUCCGUAGACAAUACAGUUCACAUUACACAGCUUCCAGAAAAAUUUAGUGCUGGGAUCAUAGGGAAAUAUAAAUUAUUGGCGAUCGUUCUGUCGACCCUAACUGUGAUACUUGCAUUUUUUUAUCAAAUGUAUUUAUUGGGAGAACAAUAA